AUGGCGUCGACGUGGGCCCUGCAAAAGGCGCUGCCGCCCGAGGACCCAAACGUCGUCGAGCGGGCCCUCGGCGACGGGCGCGUGCAGAUCGGCGCCUACGAGGUCCUCGAGGUCAUCGGCGAGGGCGAAUUCGCGAGCGUCUGGGAGGCGCGAUCCGCGGCCCGGCCCGGCGAGCGCCUGGCGAUGAAGGCGAUCAAGAAGGCGAGGGUCGGCGCGAAACGCAACAUCGCGCGCGUGGACCGCGAGGUCGCGGCGCUGCAGCGCCUGCGCCACGCGGGCGUCUGCCGCCUCUACGGCGUCGUCCACUCGCCGACCUACGUGUACCUGGUCAUGGAGGCCGGCGACCGCGACCUCUUCGCGUUCCUCGACGGCUACCCGCGCGGCUGCGACGACGGCACGGUCUGCGCGGUCAUGCGCAUCCUCGCGCUCGCGCUGCGCCACUGCCACAACGCCGGGGUCGCCCACCGCGACGUCAAGCCCGAGAACGUGCUCGUCGUGGGCGACCCGGCGACGUGGGGCGACGCCGAGGGAGUCGUGAAGCUCUGCGAUUUCGGGCUCUGCGCGGACGUCGCCGGCGACCCGCGGCUCACGGACUUCGUGGGGUCGCCGGGCUUCUUCGCGCCGGAGCUCAUGACGGCCGAGUCCUACUGCGGGCGCGGGGCCGACGCCUGGAGCCUCGGCGCCGUGCUCGUCGAGCUGCUCCUCGGCCACCGGGCCUUCGAGGCCGCGUGGUGCCCGCCCUACGAGGAGCUCAACGACCCGGAGAAGUUCCUCGACGGCGUCCGCCGCGCGGCGGCGCGCGUCAAGCUCGGCGCCGCCGCGGGCCCGCCCUCCGAGCCCAUGGCCGCGCUCCUCGAGCAGCUCGUCCAGAUCGACCCGGCGCGGCGCGCGACCGUCGCCGACGUCUGCGGGGCGCCCGUCUUCGGGCUCCUCCGCGACAGCCAGCGUCGAGCGACGGGAGUGUUUUUUCGCGUGAAUUUCGCCCGAAGAUGUGAGGAAAUCCGACCCCGUCGCACUUGGUAG